AAAAAAAAAAAAAAAAAUCCUAUGCACGAGGCUCAACAACAACAUCCCAACAAAAACAACAGUUCUGCUUCCGGGUUCUGGAUGUAGCCGUCAGUGUCCAGCAUCAUUCUCUUAGAGAACCGCUUCAUCAGCAGGAUGGGGGAAGCAGAGGUUUUCCACGAGAAGCAGCGGUUGGAGCUGUGUGCGAUCCACGCACUGAACAACGUGCUGCAGGAGCGGGUGUUCACCAAGGAGACCGCCGACGACAUCUGCAAACGCUUGGCUCCUCAGUGUGUUGUAAACCCUCAUCGGUCAAUGUUGGGCACGGGAAACUAUGACGUUAAUGUCAUCAUGGCAGCACUGCAGAGCAGGGAACUGGCUGCAGUGUGGUGGGACAAACGCAGGACGGUUCAGAGCCUUUGUGUGUCAAAGGUCCACGGCUUUAUUCUUAAUGUACCUUCACGAGUGUCUUUGGGGAUCGUCUACCUACCACUCCGAAGGCGGCACUGGCUGGCUGUUCGGCAAGUUAACGGACAGUAUUACAACCUGGACUCCAAACUGAAGAGUCCUGUCUGCAUCGGAGGAGAAGCAGAACUACGUACUUUUCUCAGCGAACAGUUGUCUCAGGAUGUGACAGAGAUGCUCCUGGUUGUCCGAAAAGAGGUGGAAGAGGACGGUUCAUGGCUCAAUUCUGACAUCCCCAAUAAUUAAUGACUUUGUGUAGCAAAAUCCUCUUACAGACUUUUUCUUUUUUUUUUUUUUUUUUAAACACCUCAAAGAAAUCUCUUCAGGGAAUGCACUAAAAUACAUUUAAUAGCUACACUGACACACCAAGGAAAUUCCAAAGAGAAACAGAAGCAAAAGUUUACUCCUGAAAUGAAGAACUUUUUGAUUGUGACAGCGGUUGAAGCUUUUGCUGCUCUACCGGCAUUAUCCUUUCUUCUCUUGGUACUUUCUUUUUGAAGCUGGGAGGGAGCAUUGUAUGAUGUCAAAACUGCAA